CCGGCCCAGGGUGGUCUCUCACUGUCCCUUUCGAAUCGUUUACAAUGCUGAGAUUGGGCUCAAAUUUUCUGCGGAGAACCCUAGCUUCCCCGAACCGCCAACGAGACUGGUUCGCACGCUGCAUCACCGGUUCAGCCUCGAACCCGGCCCUGUCGAUAUGGAGGCGCAAGAAGGAGAUGGGCAAGGAAGGGUUGAUCGUGGCCAAAGAGCUCAAGAGGCUUCAAUCCAACCCGGUUCGGUUCGACCGGUUCAUGAAGUCCCAUGUGUCUCGCCUUCUCAAGUCCGACCUCUUAGCCGUCCUCGCCGAGUUCCAGAGACAAGACCUCGUCUUUCUCUGCAUCAAGUUGUAUGAUGUGGUGCGUAAAGAAAUAUGGUAUCGACCAGACAUGUUCUUCUACAGAGAUAUGCUUUUUAUGCUUGCAAGGAACAAGAAAGUGGAUGAAGCAAAGCGGGUGUGGCAAGAUCUGAAGCGAGAAGGAGUUCUUUUUGAUCAGCAUGCCUUUGGUGACAUUAUGAGGGCAUUCUUGGAUAGUGGAUUGCCCUCAGAUGCAAUGGACAUAUAUGAUGAAAUGAGACAAUCUCCUGAUCCCCCACUUUCUUUGCCUUAUCGAGUCAUACUAAAAGGACUCAUUCCAUACCCAGAAUUGAGGGACAAGGUGAAAGAUGACUUCUUGGAGCUUUUCCCAGAUAUGGUUGUGUAUGACCCACCCGAAGACCUGUUUGAAGAUCAGGAAUGGAGAAGAGAGAAUGAAGAGGAUUAGAGGAUGCUACAAUUCACUGUCAUUAGCUCACCUUGGACUUUCCUAGGGCAAUAGCCAUUGAUAGGACUGGAUGCUUAGUAGACAAGAUUGGAAAGUUGUUGAUGAGUUACUACAGAUAUAUGCUUCCAAAUGAUACUAACUUACUCCAGUAGAAUGCUUGCGCUUAGGAGCUUGAUCUCCAAGAAAUUAGGGGUGACAUGAUGAGAUUCUCAUUACUUGAAGCAUGGUUAGGGCAGAAAUUAUCUAGUAGGUACGGUGCACCACGUGUCUGUCUGUGUGCCAAUCCAGUAACGCCUUGUGUUUUUUGUCUCAUUUUUCAGACCCUGUAAGUAUUGAAUUUAUGGAAUACAGGAUAAUUACUCUAGUUA